UGGAGGCUAGUAGUUUUUAUUACGAGUGCUUAUGCUGAAUUUCGUUUAGACCCUAUAGCAUAUACUAAACUUGGAGUCAUUAGGGGCGUUAGGGCUCAAGAUGGUGACUAUUCUAAGUUUUUGGGUGUACCAUAUGCUAAGGUUGAUGAGAACAAUCCGUUUGGGGAUUCCAAGCCGUAUCCAAAAUUUGAAGCAGAUUUCGAAGCACACAAUGAUACAGCUAUAUGUCCACAAGUUGCACCAAACGGCGAAGCUAUUGGAACAAUAAACUGUCUAAAUUUGAAUAUAUUUGUUCCAAAUAACGUGAACAGUAUAAAUAAGUUACCAAUAUUAGUAUGGAUACAUGGAGGUAGUUUUAAAGAGGGCCACGCAGGCCUCUAUGGCCCUAAGAACUUGAUUAAGCAUGAUAUUAUUGUAGUAUCUUUGAAUUAUAGAUUGGGCAUCUAUGGUUUUAUGUGUUUAGAUACACCAGAAGUACCAGGCAAUCAGGGGUUAAAAGAUCAGCUUCUAGCUCUGAAGUGGAUAAAGGAACACAUAGACGACUUUGGUGGUGAUUCCAAUGAAAUUACUGUAUAUGGUGAAAGUGCUGGAGCGGCAUGUGUAGAAAUGCAUUUAGUAUCGGAAAACGAGAGUAUUUUUAAUCGCGCAAUCUUGAGUAGCGGAUCGAUGUUUCGAAAAGCCGCUAUUGGAGGUGCAAACGAAAAAGUACCUUUGGUGAUAGCUAAAGAGCUGUCUUUUGAAACGAAUAAUGUGUCUGAAGCGUUAUCAUUCCUGAAGACAACCGAUGCAAGGUUCGUAGUGAAUGCGGCGUAUCGUUUGAAGCUUGAAUACCACGCAUGUGUUGAAAAAGAAUUCAAUGGAGUUGAAAGAUUCUUAUCAGACGCUGUUCGCAGAGAAACUUUGGCCAAAGCAAAAAACAUGUCAUUACUAAUUGGAGUUAAUAAUGAUGAAUGUUUGCUGCCAUUAGGUAACGUACCAUCAGAUAAUUUUGAUAAUAUCGAUCCAUUUAAGACAUUUCUAGUUGAUGAGAAAAUUUCACACGAUUUAUACAACAUCAUACGACGUUUCUACAUUGGAGACGAGAGAAUAAAUGAAGACGUAAAAUGGAACUUAAUCGAUUUCUGUUCAGAUGUAAAUUUUAACUAUCCUGCGCAGAAGAGUAUAGAAAGGUUACUUAAAAGUGGUGCACAUGUAUACGAGUAUGUAUUUUCAUACAAUGGUGGUAGAAGUUAUGCUGCUAAGUUGAAUAUAUCAGAAGGAGGGGCCAGUCAUACAGAUGAUUUGAGAUAUAUUUUUGAUAUGAAGGAAGACAUUAUUCCCAAGGAAGACGAUGAGUUAAUUGUUAAUAGAAUAACAAUGAUAUGGGCUAACUUCGUUAAAUAUGGAAACCCGACACCGGAAGUGUCAGAACUCCUCCCUAUCACGUGGCCGGAAGCUGCGACAGGUUCUCUGAAUGUCAUGAAUAUAAAUACGGAUAUGUUCGUUGGAUCGAGACCUUUCUACAACAGAAUGGCCUUCUGGGACCUCUUUUACGAAUUAAAAAAAUUACGUUCUUAAAAAGUGAAAAAAUUCAAAUAUGAUGCC